AUGUCAUCAGAAGAGAUACAACCCCCUACAAUACCGGGAAAUUAUUCCGCAAGAAAGCAGAAUCGUUGGAAAUCCGAAGACGAGGACUCGGUGGUCUCCCCGUCGUCUUCACCACCUCAACACCGUAAGAUCGCGGAGCUAUCCAAGGAUAUCGAUGGUAUUCAUACCUCGAUUACAAAGUUUCACGUGUCACCUGCUCAGCUAUAUUCCACUGAUUCGGGAAGGCUGUUCCACGCGGGUUCUAUUUGCAUCUGUAUAUGUGGAGAACCGGCUAGGGGCAAAACCAACCUGUCGAUUUCGCUGUGUCGUUAUCUGCGGUGGUUGGGCGUCAAAUCGGACUUGUUCCACAUUGGAGAUUAUCGCAGGGCCAAGCUCGGCGAUAUUACGGAAGAUUUCUUUAGUCCCGUGCCGGAGACCAUAGAGGCUGCCAAUCUGAGAAGAGAGAUCACCGACGAAUGCAUCAAGGACAUGAUCGGCUUCUUCAAGGAUGGGGGUCAAGUUGCAAUUUACGACGCUGUGAAUGCGUUGAGUAAGGAGCGCCUGGAGCUCGCAAGUACAUUGAACUCGAACGAUAUCAAGGUGCUUUUUAUUGAAUCUCUGGUCACCAAUCCAAAGUUGUUGGCGCGCAAUAUCCUCGACGCAGCCAAAUCGCCAGAUUACGCGAACUGGGGAGCCAAAGAGGCUGUUGAGGACUACAAGAAGCGUGUGGAGUUAGUGAAGCCUUGGUACGAAGAGAUGAAUGAACCGUUACUCACAUAUAUCAAGUUCAUCAAUUUUGGCGAGAGACUGAUAAUCCGCAAUUCCCGAAACGAGUUUUUGACCAGUAAGAUCCUGUUCUUUCUGAUGAAUUCUAAAAUAAAGAGUGGAUCUAUAUACUUUGCGAGAUGUUCCAACAACAAGCUGAAGUUCAAGGCGGACCCCCCUCUGGAUGCCAAAGGAAAAGACUACGCCACGAAGAUGGGUAAGACUUUGCUGGACCACAUUGCAAAAACCAAGGGAGAGCAAUGGUAUCGCAACACCCAACCCCAGGAAAUAGGUUCAGACCUCAGACAGCCCGCUUACGGUGUGGAUGGUUCCCAUGAGAAUUCGUUGAUCGUUUGGACAUCAACAAGACAGAGAACCACGCAGGCCGCGCAGAUGCUGAAGGACCUUGGCAUCGUGGUGAGACAUCGUUCUGAGCUGACUCAAUUGAACCCUGGAGAUGCUGAGGGAUUAUCUGAAUCAGAGCUUGCUGCCAAGUUUCCAGACGAAUACGAACAACACCAGAGAGACCCUUACCAUCACAGAUAUCCAAGGGCAGAGUCGUAUCACGACCUGGCCGUCAAGUUUGAGCCUCUUUUGUAUGAGAUUGAGAGAAUGUCGGGAGAUAUUUUGAUUAUUGCUGAUGAAACGGUGAUACGGGUUUUCUACGGGUAUCUGAUGGCGAGUUCGUGUGACGAUAUCCCAUCGCUGGAGUUUCCCCAGGAUGAAAUCGUCAAGAUCACUUAUAAUGCAUACGCUAACAAAGCUCAGAGGAUAAAGAUUGACGGGGUCAAUCCCAAUUAG